CUCCGCCCCCUUCCCGCCCCUCCUGGCUUACACCAUCGCCACCAGCCAUUCGUGCCGCACUCCUGCGCAGCCCCCGCCGAGUUUGGUGCCGCAGCGUGGGGGGCGGGAGCGCCUCUUUGCGAUUCUGACCCGGCACUGAGAGCGGGAAGACUACGAGUGAGGAGCUCUGAGAGGACGGGGAGGCCAACGAGCUGGGCCCUGCGCCUAUAAAGGCAAGUGGGGGCGAAGGGGCCGGGCCAGGAGGUGGUCGCCACUGUAGACCGCUGACGGCCUGCCCCUCGUAGCCUGGCAGCCUGGCAAGUAGGAGAGGACGCGGUCCGAGCCGGCCUCCGAGAGGGGUCUGCUUUAGGUCUGGUCAGUUCUGCAAGGAAAGAAAGGAGGGGGACACCGGCUCAGAUCUCUGGAGGAUCACCUGCAAGUCUUCUAUAGAGCUGGACACUGCUGGAAGCCAGGAAAGGAGGGGGAAAUUGCACCAGAUCAGUGCAGAUCCACCUCCAUUGGCAGCUCUGGUGGUGGUGGAGUUGCUACUGACCACCACCCUCAGCAGGUCUGUGCCCACCCAGGAACCAUCCAUCCUCCCCAGCGUGGUUGUGCCUCUUCUGCACUAUUAUUGGCAGAGGCUGUAUUUGGGAACGAAGCUGAUUGACUGCUGGACUGGCAAUUGACUCUUUCUCUUGCUUCCAUCUUUGUCUCCAGAAUCGCUGAAAGAUUAGAGUGUGAAGAUACAAACCUGUGACAGAUCUGUGUUCAUCAAGGCUGAACCUGGGUUAGGACUAGAAAACUUGGCUUCCUCUUUAAUUGGGACCAUGACUGGGGCCGAGAUUGAGCCUGGAGCCCAGUCCAAAUCUGAAAAGAAGAUUGGAGAAGUGGUUGGAGACGGGGCUGAGAGAGAGGUUGAUGUUGCUAUAGUGGUCAGACCCAAGGUUAGGAACCAGGCCCAAUUAAUGACGGGGGCAAAGUCCAAAAAUGAGGGCAAUGCAGUUGCUGGGGCACGGCCCAAAACUGAGGGAUUGCUAGUGGCUGGGGCACGGCCCAAAACUGAGGGCAUGGCAGUGGCUGGGGCACGGCCCAAAACUGAGGGCAUGGCAGUGUCUGGGGCACGGCCCACAACUGAGGGCAUGGCAGUGGCUGGGGCACAGCCCACAACUGAGUGUAUGGCAGUGGCUGGGGCAUGGCCCACAACUGAGGGCAUGGAAGUGGCUGGGGCACGUCCUAAGACUGAGGCCAUGGCAAUGGCUGGGGCACGUCCUAAGACUGUGAUUGGGGCACGACCUAAGACUGAGGCCAAGGCAAUACCUGGGACAAGACCCAAGGGUAAUGCCCAGGCUUGGGCCCAGACUGAGUUUGGGGCUGAAGCAAUGUUGAAGGCAGAGGGAGUGAUCCAGUCUAAUGCCAUGGCUUGUCCAGUGGUUAGUACAGAGUAUGGAUCAGUUGCUAAAACUAAUGCUUUGUCUAUGGAUAGGGAAUUGGACAGUGUGGAGGCUGAGUCCUUUCAUGGCCCCAAGAUCCAGUCCCAAGCAGGAAUCCAGCCCUGGUUUGGGUCAGGGGAGGAGACUAAUAUGGGAUCUUGGUGCUAUCCCAGGCCUAGAGCCCAACAGGAGGCCACAAAUGAGUCUGGAUUCUGGUCGGCAGAUGAAACCUUAGCGGUGUCUUUUUGGGCUGGAGAAGAGGCCAGUGUCAGAUCAUGGCCCAAGGAAGAGGCACAUACCAGGUCCCAGCAUAGGGCUAAGCAACAGAAUAAUACCAGGUCCAGGCCCAAGAUCAAGCAAGAACCCUAUAUUGAUUCUGAGGAUGAGGCUGGAGAUCCAUACUGCUUGUGGGCUGGAGAAAAUACCAAUACUUUGUCCAGGCCCAGAGCCAGGGAAGAGGCAAAUAUCAGGUCCAAGCUCAGGACAAAGAGAGAGGACUGUUUUGAAUCAGGGUCUGAAGAUGAGUUCUAUAAGGAGUCAUGGUUUUUGUCUGGAGAAGAAGCCAAUAGAUGCAGGUCCAGAGACAAGGAAGAGCCGAAUACCAACCGGAAGUCCAGAGCCCCGAAAGAUAAUAAUAACCAGGAUAGGGUCAAACAAGAGCCCAGGUGUGAGGAGGAGGUUGUUAUUGGAUCCUGGUUCUGGGCUGAGAAAGAGGCCAGUAUGGAGGAUGGGGCUGUGGCCAUAUGUGAAUCCGGGUCAGGGGCUGAGGAGGGGUCUGUUGCCAGAUCCUUGUUGUGGAUGGAAGAAGAGACAAGUUCGGGUGCUGAGGCCAGAGAAGAUACCAGGCCAGAGUCUGAAGAAGAGACCCUAUUUGGGACCUGGUUCUGGGACAGAGAUGAGGCCUGCUUUGACCUAAAUCCGACUCCUGUGUACAGGGCCCGUUGCAAGUUCAGAAAUUUGGCUGAGCAGGAUAUUAAUGUAUCAUCUAGGCCCCAAAGCUGGGAAGAGGUCACUGUUGAAUUUAAGCCUGGUCUUUGCCAUGUGGUUGGCUUCCCAUCCACAAGCUCCUUUAGAUUUCCUGAAGAAACAGGGCCUGUAUUCUCUGAAAUGUUGGGGGAAGAGCCCAAGAAUGUAGAACUGAGCCCAGAAGGGGAAGAGCAGGAAUCUUUGCUUCAGUCUGAUCAGCCUGACCUUGAGUACCCAUUUCAGUACGAUCCUUCCUAUCGCUCAGUCAGGGAGAUUCGAGAGCAUCUUAAGGCCAAGGAGAGUGCAGAGCCUGAGAGUUGGUCAUGCAGCUGCAUACAGUGUGAGCUUAGAAUUGGUUCUGAAGAGUUUGAAGAACUCCUUUUAUUAAUGGACAAAAUUCGGGAUCCUUUUAUUCAUGAAAUAUCUAAAAUUGCAAUGGGUAUGAGAAGUGCUUCUCAAUUUACCCGAGAUUUCAUUCGGGAUUCAGGUGUUGUCUCACUUAUUGAAACCUUGCUCAAUUAUCCCUCCUCCCGAGUUAGGACCAGUUUUUUGGAAAACAUGAUUACCAUGGCUCCACCUUAUCCAAAUCUAAACAUGAUUGAGACAUUCAUAUGUCAAGUGUGUGAGGAAACCUUUGUUCAUGGCUUGGAUUCCCCUGAGCAGCUGCUUGGGUUAAGGAUGGUUAGACACUUCACUACUACUACUGACUAUCACACACUGGUUGCCAAUUAUAUAUCUGAGUUUCUCUCCUUACUAACCACGGGCAAUAGAAGAACAAAGUUUCAUGUUCUGAAAAUGUUACUGAAUUUGUCUGAAAAUCCUGUCAUGGCAAAAAAUCUUUUCAGUGCCAAAGCUUUGCCAGUAUUUAUGGGUCUCUUUAACAUAGAAGAAUCAAAUGAUAAUAUUCAAAUCAUCAUUAAAAUAUUUCAGAAUAUUAGUAAUAAUGUAAAAAAGGGAGUGAUGUUCUUAAUUGAUGAUGAUGUCAGUCUUGAACCACUUAUUUCUGCACAUCGUGAAUUUGAGAAGUUAGCUAAGGAACUACAAGUCCAAAUAGACAAUCAAAAUGAUCCUGAGGCAGGACAACAAGGUUAGUAUGAUUAACCAGCUGCCUCUGAUCAGCCUUAUGUUCCCAAAGAGUCCUGAGUAGUGCAUUGAUUUUCACAGUCAGGUGUUACGUGGUAACUUGUAUUUUUAUUGCUGAUGUCCAUUUGAGCCGGAUUAUUGUGUGGAUGCUAAAUGAAUAUUAGAACUGAAAACGCAUUUGUUGAUAUUUGUCUUGCUGUCUAGAUUGCAGUGUUUUUUGUAUUGAGCUUCCAAUGAACUGAGUCACCUAAGUAAGCUACACUUCUAUUCAUUGUAUUAACUUGUGGCUCUCUAUCUUAGUCUGUUGGUGUUUUCAAUAAAGUUAUAUGUUAAAA